UCUUCUUCUUCUUCUUCUUCUCGAGAGAGAGACCAUUUGCCUCGGCCGCUCCACGAACACGCGCAUCCGGGUAAUCAGGCAAAGAAAGAGAGAGAGAGAGAGAGAGCGCUCAAUCAUCAUCAGCGGGGCGGAGAAUAAAACCAUCUGUCGGUCCCCAAUACUUGUUUACUAGCUUAGCUUAGCCGCCGCGCGCCACGGUUUGCUGCCCAGCUUCUUCUUCCUCCUCCUCUUAAAAGGCUCCCCCUUUCAUCUGCUUCCCCUCCUCCUCCUGCCCAGCCAGCCAGCAACCCAAGAGAAACAGGCAUCCAUCCAGUCAUAUACCUUUAGUUUGUUCAUAUCAGAUCAAGCAAUUCCAAGAGGCUCCGACGCGCGAUUCAGAGGAUGCAUCUGCUGGGAGGGAAGAUGAAGGGCGGGGGAGGGAUAGGGGAGAUGGGCAGCAGCAUUAGCCCGCUGGUGUCCUUCACGCUGGGAGCCGCCAUGGCCACCGUCUGCGUCCUCUUCUUCAUGUCCGCCAGCCCAGGCCGCAGCCUAGUCGACAUCGCCGCGUGGAGCCACAACAACGGCACCGCCGCACAGCACCACCAACGCCAUCUCUCCCUGCCCAACGUCACCGCCGCCGCCGCCAAAGCAGCCGCGGCUCCGGCGCCCGCCCCGGCCGUCCCGUCACCGUACGGGGACCUGGAGGAGGUGCUGAAGCGAGCUGCGACGGCGGACCGGACGGUGAUCAUGACACAGAUCAACGCGGCGUGGACGAAGCCGGGGUCGCUGCUGGACCUCUUCUUCGAGAGCUUCAGGACGGGAGAAGGCGGCGUGGCCAAGCUCCUGGACCACCUUGUCAUCGUCACCAUGGAUCCCGCGGCGUACGAGCAGUGCCAGGUGGUGCACCCGCACUGCUACUUCUUAAGGACCAGCAAUGGCGUCGACUACCGGUCCGAGAAGAUGUUCAUGAGCAAGGACUACCUGGAGAUGAUGUGGGGCCGCAACAAGUUCCAGCAGACCAUCGUCGAGCUCGGCUACAACUUCCUCUUCACGGACGUGGACGUGAUGUGGUUCCGUGACCCGUUCAAGCACAUCUCCAUGGGCGCCGACAUCGCCAUCUCCAGUGACGUCUUCAUCGGGGACCCUUACAGCCUCGGCAACUUCCCCAACGGCGGCUUCCUCUUCGUCCGGUCCUGCCCCAAAACCAUCGAGUUCUACCGCCAUUGGCAGGAAGGCAGGUACAGGUUCUACGGGAAGCACGAGCAGGACGUGUUCAACCUCAUCAAGCACGAGAUGACCGACUCCAUCGGCAUCUCCAUCCAGUUCCUCGACACCACCUACAUCAGCGGCUUCUGUCAGCUCAGCAAGGACCUCAACAAGAUCUGCACUCUGCAUGCCAAUUGCUGCGUUGGGUUGGGCGCCAAGCUCCAUGAUCUUAGGAAUGUGCUCGAUGUGUGGAGGAACUAUACCGGUGCGCCGGUGCAGGAGAAGAGGGCUGGCAGGUUUCAGUGGAAGCUUCCUGGCAUCUGCAUCCACUGAUGAACUUGCAUGCAAGGAUUGUUCAGAACAGCUAGCUGAUUCAGUUGUUGUUCCGUGCCUGCGUUUCUAUUCUUUAUGUUCUUCUUCUUGUUCCUUUCCGAUCUUCUUCGGGUGCAAAUUGAUUACAGAGGGAUGGAGGGAUUGAGAGGCAUCGAUCGAUCGAUUCUUUGGGGCGAAAGCUUAGAUGAUCUAGUAGUAAGUUAAUACUCCUAUGUAUGUAUGUAUUUAUGUACACAAUAUACAAACACAGCUAGCUUAGUGUGCAGUGCAGGAGAUGUACUGUCUGGCCUGGCUUUGCUAGUUCUUCCCUGUAAUUAAAGAUGAAUGGACGCAACAGCUUAAUUGCUAUACCGUGAA